AUGGCCUCUCUUCUCUGUGUGGCCCAGCUGGGUCCAAAUGCCGCAGUCCGGCGCCCAGUCCAAGAGCGGAAUUGUGCAAGGAGCCACCUCAGCCUCUCGCCUAGAGGGUUCUCUUCACGGGGGCGCUACAGAAGACGGAGCGCGGCGCUUUCCCUGUGCCAUCAGAGGGAGGGGAGAAAGGGCUUCCCAGGGUCUGCUGCCUGCGCCCACCCGCGAGCCUCGCUGCGAGCUGCCCCAAGCCGAGCCGCAGCGCUGCCCCUCAACGCCACCCGGCGCUUCUUCCCGCCAAGCGUGGCCGAUCCUCCCCCGCCGCCCCCUCCCCAGUCCAACAAGAAGUCGCCGAGUUGCCGGAUAUGUUGUGAUGCUAAACAAAGCAUUCGUGCCACAGAUUUAAUGGACUGGGAGGACAAAGAUGCUACAGACGCACUGGUUGACAAUGUCGUCCAUUCAAAGAUCAUCAACCCUUUACGACUCUUUGUCAAGCCAUCUCCAGCACUGAAACAUGGGCAGAUGUCAUAUUCAGACAGCAUGGACAGCUUUUGGGAUUGGUUAUCCAACAUCACUGAGGUUCAGGAAUCUCUUGCACGAACUAAACGCAGGCCGAUUGUAAAAACUGGAAAAUUCAAGAAAAUGUUUGGGUGGGGUGACUUCCAUUCUAACAUCAAAACUGUGAAGCUGAAUCUUCUCAUAACAGGGAAAAUCGUUGAUCAUGGCAAUGGAACCUUUAGUGUUUAUUUCAGGCACAAUUCAACAGGCCUUGGAAAUGUUUCUGUGAGCCUGGUGCCACCAUCCAAGGUGGUGGAGUUUGAAUCUUCACCGCAAUCAACCCUAGAGACCAAGGAGUCCAAGUCUUUCAACUGCCGAAUUGAAUAUGAGAAAACAGACAGGGCUAAGAAAACUGCACUGUGUAACUUUGACCCUUCAAAGAUCUGCUACCAAGAGCAGACACAAAGCCAUGUAUCCUGGUUGUGUUCUAAACCAUUUAAAGUAAUCUGUAUUUACAUUGCUUUUUACAGUGUUGAUUACAAACUGGUGCAAAAGGUUUGCCCUGAUUACAACUAUCACAGCGAGACGCCAUAUUUAUCCUCUGGAUGA